CUUCGAGUUGAAUAUCUUGAAGCUGCAUCUGAAGCUGCCAUAGGCUGCUACCGAGGACAGGAUAGACCGACUGCAGAAUUCAAGACAUGCUCCUAUGACGGGCCGAGUGCACCGAGAUGAUGUAAAGGAAGCCAGACCCUGGACAUUAUUUCCGCAUUGUGCUUCUUAAAUGAAGGCUACGUGACAGGGAUGCUCAAUCCAGCAGAAGCUUCGCAGCUAACCCCCGACUUUUAAUGAGAGCCUUUAGCGACCUUCCCAGUGCAUUUGUUGUUAUUUUCGGCCAUCGACUCCUUCGAUUGCAGCUCUAGCUUCCUGUCCACCUGUUCCCUGACUCUCAAGCAUCACUCACCCCAAGAGGUCGCCCGGUCUCCGUCUUGUCACCCGUCCCCGAUAUACACACAUCUUCCAGCCACUGGCCGCGACCACGAUAGAAACAUGCACAGCGGCUAUUCGUAAAGCCCACCACCACCACAACCACAACCGACCACCCCUAGCGCUAAACGACUUGUCGCCGCCACUCCUUUACAGCACACACCACACCACCAACCACACCACCCGACCGCCUCCCUUUCUUGUCCCACGACAACCACCCGGAACCACUCACGUGUGACCGCAUCGUGUGACGUCGGCGAGCCCCUUUGUGCGACACCAAAUAUCGGGAGGGAUUGCGAAACAAAACGGUCGGGUCUCUAGGGGUGCGCAGUGGCGGGCAGAUGGGGAACUGGCAUCGCGACACUUUGCUUUGAUGGAGACCGUUAUUCAGGACCACUCUCCCCUCGACGAAUAUCUGCACGGUCAGUCCAUCUUUUUACUCUUCCGGCCACAACAAACAAAAUGGCAUCCUGGGCAAUACUGAUACCCCUAUUCAUCACAGACCAAGGCGACAAACAGCUGGACUGGAGCACGCCCGAGGUCUCAGAGCACGAUGUGUCGCCGCCAUCGAGCCCGUCCUUUGCUCCGGUAGGACGUCCGACCAUCAAGAAGCGCUUUCGGAGUAAGAUUCCGGAUCCGCUGCGGCUGGAUGUCCCGCGGAACAGAACAAGCAGGCUGGGGUCGCUACAUCUUUCAUACUCGAAGGCUGUAGCAUCGAGAAUAGAUCGGGCCGACAACCUCAAGUUUAUCGAGCAGUUCAGAUACACCAUCGUCGCCUCACAACUAUUAGCUGGGCACUCGAUUACGGGGAACUACAACUACUUCAACCGAAAUAGGGAUGCGUCGGAUGUUCCGCAGAACGUGGUGGUUCCAACGUCAACGGGAAUAUUAAUAACGGCUACGGGCGCCCUGGUAGUAGCGUGUGUGAUUCGAUGGGUGUACAUGGGAGGAUAUGCCCAGUUGACAAAGGGGAAGAUUGCAUUCACGACGGUGGUGCUUGUUGGGUUCGGUCUGGUGGCGCACUUCUACAUCCGCCAGCAGUGGAUACGAUAUCUUAGGAAUCAGGCACUGGCCGAGGUGUCUGCAUUCGUGGCCAAGUCGCAAGACUUUGAUGGUGUCUCGAGCGCGGCGCUGUCCCUUAUCCAGGAGGUGGAGCUCGUCUCAAGGGGCUACAGGCUACUACGGAAGACGCUAAAGGCCCGUUUGGCUGAGAUGAUCAAGACGUACAUCAAAGUGUCAUCAGUGAUCAAGGGAUUUUCAGAGCAGCUGGAUAUCGAAAAGUUCCACGAUGUCUAUGAUAUCAGCGAUUUUGAUAUCUCUGAUGCUAUGCAGGGUUUCUCGGAUCGCGAGUUUGACGAUCCAGAGUCUGUCAAGACACUGAAAAUUGCAGCUGCCAGGUUUCAUACCAUCAGGAAGAUUUUCCUGUGCUCGUUGCUCGCUUUGGAGGCUACCGGAGACAACACGGACUUUUUGCGGUGGUCAACGGCUGUCGAGAGCCUUCGUGCCCUGACCGAGGCGACGGACGAGGGUUUGUUCAAGGUCCGGCAAAUCCUCGACGAGGAAGAGACUUUCCCCACGGUUCAAGAGUCCAAAUUCCCAUUAUCACCAAACCGAGAGAGGCGACGAUCUCAGUUUCAAAAACUCAACUCUUUGUCCACGGGCAUCCGUGGACUUCAAGCCAAGCUCGCGUUGUUACGAGAGGAGUCUGAGAGAACACUCAACGAGGCCGAAGACGUGUCUGAGCUGGGUCUGAAUCUCAUGGCCCAGUAUGAGUCCAUUGGUCAGGACCUCAAGCUCCUGCAACAAGCUUGGGAGGAGGGCAAAGCAGCGCUGGCAUCGGGUAUCGACCGGAACGAGAAGCGACUCUCUUCCAUCAGCACCAUGCUAUCACCGGCAACAUCUCUGAGCGGCCUCACCACUGUCGAGGAAGGUGGGGCCUUGGAAGCGUUCAAGGCUCUUACCGGCGAAUCACCGAGCAGUUCGAGCUUUGGGAGCGCUAAGGGUGACGACGAAGCCGAAGUCUUCGAGGCUGUUUCUCUCCCACCAACACGGCCUCGAAGCAUGCUCACCAGAGAAGAGCGCAUCGCCAGGAUGAAGGAGGAACGGGAGAGACGAGAGUCCAUCAGGCAAGACGCCGAUGCCAGUCGAGGCAUGCUCAAGGAGCUUGAAAUGGUCAUCAACCUCCGGCCCAAACGAUCCACCAUGCCCGCCCCAGCGCGCGUAUCAUUAUGA